GACUUCAACGGAGUCGCAGUCUACCUGCUCGCCUGUGCGCUCUUCCCUCUGUGUCUGGGUUUUGUCUACCUGAAGUUAGAUACCUCCAAGGAGUCGGGCAUUCAGAACCGUUUGGGUCUCUUCUUUUUCGUCUGCCUACAAGUCAUUUUCUUCAACACUAACUGUAUGGAGGUUUUCAUUCGUGAUUUCGCGCGGUUCAGACAGGAACGUUUCAAAGGCUACUACUGCACAUCGGCCUACUUUCUGUCUAAAGUGUUCUGUGAGAUACUGCCAGUGAGAAUGUUUCCUGUCAUCGUCUUCCUUCCCAUGCUCUACUUGAUGGCUGGCCUGAAAUUUGAUAUCUCUGCGCUUUUAAUUUGGGAGGUUGUCUGGCUAGCGACAUCGAUCGCCUCCUGUGGUAUUUCUAUCCUGACAGGCGUCGUCUUCAACCAACUGGACCUAGCCAGCCUCUUCACCUGCCUCAUUUACUCCUGCAUGAUGGCAUUCAGCGGUUAUUUGCUAAACAUGGUGUCCACGUGGCGUUUGCUGAGUUGGCUCCGCUACCUUUCCAUAUUCUGGUAUGCUUUCUCCGCCCAGUCAAUCAACGAACUAAUGGGAGUUGAAUUCUGCUCGCCGGUGAAACUCUCCCCAUCACAACAGCAUUCGCGGGCCAUGUCCGGGGUUGAUUUUGCUGUUAUGGAUGAUGAUGUAAUCCAAAACUCUACAACCUCGCGUUUGCAGUCCUGGUAA